GUGAGCUGCGUGCGCUGCUGUGUGAGAGUGAGAGGAUGAGGAAGAGGAGGAUGAGGAGGACAGCUCUGAUGAGCUGGACGGACGCUCUGAAGAAACAGCACAGAGCCACACACACUCACCAACAAGCACUCCUGAAGAGCUGUGUACAGCGUUGGCAUCAGCAUGUGCAGAGCAGAGUGUGUGAGCGAGCCCUGUGUGUGGGGCUGCAGGUCAUGGGAGAGGGGCGGAGCCUGCGCUGGUGUCUGCACAGGUGGAGGGCUCGUCUGCGACUGCGUCUGCACAGGAGAGCGCGCGUGUGGCACAAGGUGCGUGCAAUAGCAGCACAGUGGCAGGAGAGGGCGGUAGAGGGCAGAGCACAGAGGUACAGACGGGAGAGGAUCAGACUGAUGGCUACGCAGUGCCUCACAGCCUGGAGGAGUUAUGCUAGAGCUGUAUGUGUUGAGCGUGCAGCGAUAUAUGACAAGAGGAAGAGGAGGAUGAUGACCAGAGUUCUGACCCAGUGGAGGAGAGCGGCCCAGAUGAAACAGGCGGAGCACCACCACCACUCCAGACUGCAAGAGGGCGCCCUUCGCCACUGGAGGCGCUCUCUGAUUGGCCGCCUGAGGAGCCGGAGGCAGGCGCUGGUGGCCGUGUCCAGUUGGAGGUGGAGAGUGUUCCGAACUCGUCAGCUGACGGAGCGCGUGCAGGAGUUUGAGUGGCGUCAUGGCGUUGAGGCAGCCAGACGAUGCUUCAGUCGCUGGAGGACGGCACACAGACACGCGCUCGUCAGCCAAGACUUCCAAGACUUCCAGCACAUGGCUCUUUGUAAGAGAGUUCUGUUGGGCUGGCACCACCACACCGUACUGACCCAGAGGCAGCAGUACCAGGCGGCCCGGUUCCAGUGUGUCCAUGAGGAGCGUGUGGUUCAGCGCUGCUUUGUGGUGUGGAGGGGGGCAGUGGAGCAGGCUGGCGUACGGCAGGCAGAGCUGCAGCAGAGGCUGAUCACACAACACACACAGCAGCUGAGGAGACGCCUGCAGAGCUGGAGAGCCGCCACUAGGGGCAGACAUGCACACAGGACACACGACAGGAGACUGAUGCAACAGUGUUUGGGUGUGUGGAGGGAGCGCCGGUAUCAGCGGUGUGUGUCGCGGUUCCAGUGUGUCCAUGAGGAGCGUGUGGUUCAGCGCUGCUUUGUGGUGUGGAGGGGGGCAGUGGAGCAGGCUGGAGUACGGCAGGCAGAGCUGCAGCAGAGGCUGAUCACACAACACACACAGCAGCUGAGGAGACGCCUGCAGAGCUGGAGAGCCGCCACUAGGGGCAGACACGCACACAGGAGACACGACAGGAGACUGAUGCAACAGUGUUUCAGUGUGUUGAGGCAGAAUCGGCAGCAGCGGUAUGUGUCCCGGUUCUGCAGGAGACAUAACAGGGGGCUGCUGACACAGUAUUUUAGUGUAUGGAGAGAGUCCAGAGAGAAGUUGUGUUUGGCCGCCCAUGUGAGAUCAGAACAGGAGAGAAAGGCAGCGAGAGGGGCUCUCAUCUCAUGGUCAAUAUGGGCCACAGAGCGCCGGGCCCAGCGUAUGAUGAGGGAGGCCGUGUGUCUGUGGCUGGAUGGCAGAAGGGUUUCUAGAAGUUUCCACCAGUGGAGCACAGCUCACUGCCACCACCAAGUGUCCUUACAUCACCACAGGAUAUUAAUGCUACGCAGAACGUUCAAGGCCUGGAGAUCUGUGUCUGAGCAUUCUAAGCAGCUGUGCGAGGCCCGACAUGCGCAUGCGUGUGAGACACUCGUGCGAGAGGUCUUCCAGGCGUGGAGGAGGACCGCGCUAUCCCAGAGGGCCGUGCGAGAGGUCUUCCAGGUGUGGAGGAGGACCACGCUAUCCCAGAGGGCCGUGCGAGAGGUCUUCCAGGCGUGGAGGAGGACCACGCUAUCCCAGAAGGCUGUGAGAGAGGGCAGGACGCAUGUGCGUGAAGCAAGGAGGAGAAGCCUGCUGAGGGAAGCAUUCAGUAUCUGGAGAGAGAGGUUUCAGAGUGGCCAGACGCGUGUGGUAGUGCUGUGUAAAGAUGUAGUGGCACACUGGCUUCAGUUUGUCCAAAGAAGACGGACAGAGAGAGAGGCCCAGAGACGACACAAACUAAUGCAGCAGUGUUGGUCUGUGUGGCGUGUCAGUGUGCAGGAGCGAGUGAUCAAUAACAGACGGCUGCAGCUGUACUGGGCCUCCUGGAAGAACCACACCGCUACCUCACUCAUCCUAUCCACCAUGUAUAAUGACUCUCUGCAGAAGAAGGCCUGGUUGCUGUGGAGGAAGAGGAGAGUGCAGAGUAGAGUGGCUGAGGAGUUCAGUACGAACUUCAACAAAUCACUGCUAGUCAUGGCCUUCAACAAGUGGAGAAGUGCAUUGAAAACAGGUUGAAACAUGUACUGUUUAUGUGUGUGUGUAUGUUGCUCUGUGAGUUUAUAUGUGUUUGAGAGGUUUUUUUUAAUAUUUAG